CCCCUUUCACAUCCGAGCCGGACCCUUCUUUCUUUGUCCCCUUGCUCCAGCAGCCCUGGUUCCUCCUCACCUCCCACCACGGUCGGCCUUUGACGGGUUUCGUUACUAACCUUCCACACGGACAGAGAGACCCAGACUGUAGACAAACUGACAAACUGACGACAGGCACACACACACGCCACUGUUGGGGAUAUUCCAGACAUGGCUACUCGAGCUGCGAAUAAGCGUGUAUGUUUGCCCCCGUGUUUUGUACAUUUGUCCAUAUUUCUCAUGCUAGUUCCCGCUUCCAAUCAGCUGUUCUCGAGACCUUUUCGCGAAAAUGCUAACUGACUUGACGCCACCGACAGCUCGUCCGCGAGUACAAAGCCAUCACUGAGAAUCCACCGCCAUAUAUUCAAGCUCAUCCUAGCGAGUCCAACAUUCUCGAGUAGCCUACCCCCCUUUUCCCCUCUUCCACACGACCGAGCUCACGAGGUAUGCACAGAUGGCACUACAUAAUAACCGGUCCUGAGAAGACACCUUACGAAAACGGCCAGUACUGGGGAACUCUGGUCUUCCCCGCCGAUUACCCUUUCAAACCCCCCGCCAUUCGAAUGAUGACCCCAAGCGGCCGCUUCCAAACCAGCGCACGCCUUUGCCUCUCCAUCUCGGACUUUCACCCCAAAUCCUUCAAUCCGGCGUGGCAAGUCAGCACAAUCCUGAUGGGCCUGCUAUCCUUCAUGACGGGGGAGGAAAUGACUACGGGCUCCAUCUCAGCUACCGAUCACGAGCGCAGGAUUCUGGCCGCCAGGAGCCGCUGGUGGAACAGCACGGGCGGUGGCAGUGGUGUGCUGGACCCCGUCUCGGGCGCUGUGGUGUCGAACCGGACGCCCGGGGCUGGCAUCGGAGCUGGCGGGAGUAGGGGCGGUGUGGGCAAUGGAGAUAUGGGAAGGAAAUUUAGGGAGGAGUGGAAGGAUACAGAUGCCGAGAAUUGGAGGUGGCUGAGGUCUAAGGGCUUCGACCUCGCCAGUGGGCUAAUCUUAACACCGCCUUCCGCUAGUACCUGUCCACCUGCUGGCACUGGCGCCACCGGUACCUCUGGAAUAGACACGGAGGGCGCGAGGCGACGACAGCGUUCGGGCAGCAUUGAUAAUACCGGAACCGCAGGUGCCGCCGGCGUGGUCGUGCGCAGGGGUGGUGGGUGGUUCGAAAGACACAGGGUAUUCGUGGGGAUCGUGUUCCUGAUUGUUUGGGCUUUGUUAGCUCGGAGUUUGGAAGGAACGGAUGAGUGAUUGAGGCGUCCGGUGUUGGGUGGGGCGCGAGAUGGGAUAGGACGGGUUAUGUCAAAAUCUCCCAAAAACAUUUUAAGUGGAGGCAUAGUUAUUGGGUGGGGGCAGGUAUACAAUGGUCGGCUUCUCUGUGUAUUAACAGCACUUUUUUGCUUGAUAGCAUUAUUCUCUCUUUAUCCUGAAUGGCCUUUUGGUGAUUAUAUUAUUGCUUUUUCCUUUCUUUUUCCCUUCCUUUCCCCUCCCCUUCCUCUAAAUCACAUUGCUUCUUCUUUCUCUGGCUUGUUAAUGCAUUAUCCACCUAUGGCCCGCAAACGGCUGAAAUCGACCGUACCACCUUUCCCUAGUCUGGAAUGUGGGAGUGAAUCCUCAUCUACCCCCUUGAUUGUCACGAACUAGAAUGUUAAGAAAAGGGGCAACAUCCAUUUGAAGUACCACCACUAGACCAGAAAAUGCCCGAGUAUACUACCUUAGUAACUUAGUAACCCUCCUCCCCCCGUGGAGCCUUUGUCCCUGAAGGUGGGAGACGGCGGAGUCCGGAAGCAUUACGAUAUUAUCAUACUAGAUGGUCUACGGGGUUCCCGCCCACUUUUUUUCUUCUCUCUUUUUGAUUCCCAUUCCCCUCUUUCUUUCUUUCUUUCUUACACCUGGCGUACCAUAGAAUUACGCAUUAACAGUAACUGUGCCGCACCACGUAUCGCGAUUGUUCCGUGCGUAAAAGGUAUGCUAUCACG